GGAUGACCGAGACGGGAGCGCAGUGGGUACGGGUUCGCGGCCGGCCGGGCUCCGUGCUAGGUCAUGAACAAACCAUGAACAAUUGAGGGUGAAGAACAGAUCUUUGAGGCACCGCCAGGUGCAUCUUUCUCGCCUGUUGAAUUUGACUCAUGCGAUGACCUAAAGUCAAGGUCAAAUAUAUUAUCAAGUCAUUUCACAGGAUUUCCACGAUGGGAGAUUCACAGAUGGGAGGCUCACACCAGACAAUACGUCGGGGCCUGGCGGAGACGCUCGGUUCGCCUGCACGGCGUCAGCCUCGGAAUGGGGAAGCGAAGGGAUCCAUUCGCAGUGGGAAGGAGCUGUUCACGUGUUCGGAGUGCGGCCGAGGUUUCAACCGAGCAUCCGGACUGUCGAGGCACCAGCGCAGCCACAGAGGUGAGAAGCCCUGGAAAUGUGGGGACUGCGGGAAGGGAUUCAACUACGCUUCUCAGCUGGAAAUCCAUCGCCGUCGCCACACCAGGGAGCAGCCGUGGAAAUGUGGGGACUGCGGGAAGGGAUUCAGUUAUCCGUCCCAGCUGGAAAUCCACCGCCGCAGUCACACCGGGGAGAGGCCGUUCACCUGCUCCGAGUGCGGGAUGGCGUUCACCCACUCGUCCAGUCUUCUCACGCACCAGCGCGUUCACACCGCCGAGAGGCCGUUCACCUGCUCUGAGUGCGGGAAGGGCUUCACCCGCUCCUGCCACCUUCUCAGGCACCACCAAGUUCACGCCGGGGAGAAACUGUUCACCUGCUCCGUGUGCGGGAAGGGCUUCACCCAGUCGUCCUGCCUGCUCAGGCACCAGCGCGUCCACACCGGCGAGAAGCCCUUCGCUUGCAUCCUGUGCGGAAGGGCCUUCAGCCAGACCUUCAAUCUUCACGCUCACCAGCGGGUCCACACCGGGGAGCGGCCCUUCACCUGCUUCACCUGCGGGAAGGGGUUCACGCAGUCGUCCAACCUGCUCACCCACCAGCGAGUGCACACCGGGGAGAGGCCCUAUCGGUGCGCUGAUUGCGGGAAACGCUUCAAACGAUCCAGCGAUUUGAUCAAACACCAGCGGGUUCACACUGGAGAGACGCCGUUCAUCUGCUCCGAGUGCGGGAAAGGAUUCAAUCAGUCCUCCAACCUGCUAACGCAUCAGCGGGUUCACACCGGGGAAAAGCCGUUCAUCUGCUUGGAGUGUGGGAGGGGAUUCAGUCAGUCGUCUUCCUUGCUGACGCACCAUCGGGUUCACACCGGGGAGAGGCCGUUCAUCUGCUUGGAGUGUGGGAGGGGGUUCGCUGAGUCGGUGAAUCUGACCAGGCACCAGCAAGUCCAUACCAGGGAGAAGCCAUUCACCUGCUCCGAGUGCGGCAAGGAAUUCGCCGGGUCCGCCAAUCUGAUUAGACACCAGCGGGUUCACACCGGGGAGAGGCCCUUCAUCUGCCCCGAGUGCGGGAAGGGGUUCACUGAGUCAGCCAAUCUCACCCGACACCAGCGAGUUCACAGCAGGAAGAAACCGCUUACCUGCUCCAAGUGCGGGAAGGGAUUCUCUCGGUCAUCCGAACUGGUGAUGCAUAAGCGAAUUCACAGCGGGGAGUGGCCGUUCACCUGCUCUGAGUGUGGGAAAGGAUUCCACUGGUCGUCCCACCUGCGGAUACACCAGCGGGUUCACACUGGCGAGAGGCCCUUCACCUGCUCCGAGUGCGGGAAGGGAUUUGCCGAGUCGGCUAAACUGACGCGGCACCAGCGAGUUCACACCGGGCAGAGGCUCUUCACCUGCUCCGACUGCGGGAAGGAAUUUACCGAGUCAUCCAGCCUGCUGACGCACCGGCGGGUUCACACCGGGGAGAGGCCCUUCACCUGCUCCGAGUGCGGGAAGGGAUUCAGUUGCUCGUCCAACCUGCUGAGACACCAGCGAGCUCAUCAGAGAGAGAAAAAAUCCGCCAGCCCGGACUCGCUUGCCGGGCUAGGACCGCACUGCGCAGGCGCCGACAGCCGGGCACGGUGUCGGGACCAGCAGCCGCUGAUCAGCGGGAGCCGAGGCCGGAAGAUCAGCAGGGUGUCAGUAAUGGAGGAUUCACUGACCGGAAGCUCAAACCAAACGACAGAUCACAACCUGCAAGAGUCACCCAAUCCGCUGGAAUCUGAACAUCAGCAGGCUUUGUACAUGGAAGCAGAAAGCUCCACUGACAGUGGAGAGAAAUGGCCAACGCGUUCUGAGUGUGAACAACGCUUCAGUCAAGCAUCCACACUGACGAGACACCAGAUCAGUCAAUCUGGGGAGAAACCAUGGAAGUGUGAGGACUGUGGGAAAAGAUUCAUUUCUCCUUCCCAUCUGGAAACUCACCGCCGAAGCCACACUGGUGAGAAGCCGUUCACCUGCUCUGUGUGUGGGAAAGGAUUCACACAGUCAUUCAAUGUAAAAACACACCAGCGAGUUCACACUGGGGAGAAGCCGUUCACCUGCUCUGUGUGUGGGAAGGGGUUCAGUCGGUCAGGCAGCUUGGUGGUACACCAGCGAGUUCACACUGGGGAGAGACCCUUUGCCUGCUCUGAGUGUGGGAAGGGGUUCACCCACCCAGCCACUCUACGCAAUCACCAGCGCAUUCACACCGGGGAGAAGCCAUUCACGUGCUCUGUAUGUGGGAAAGGAUUCACCCAGUCAUUAAACUUAAAAACUCACCAACGGCUUCACACUGGAGAGAGGCCAUUCAUGUGCUCAGUGUGUGGGAAAGGAUUCACCCAGUUAUUCAACCUAAAAACUCACCAACGCGUUCACACUGGGGAGAAGCCGUUCACCUGCUCCGAGUGUGGGAAGGGAUUCACACGGUCUGACAAAUUAACGGAGCACCAGCGAGUUCACACUGGGGAGAGACCGUUCACCUGCGCUCAGUGUGGGAAGGGAUUCACCCACCCAGCCACUCUGCGGAACCACCAGCGAGUUCACACUGGGGAGAGGCCGUUCACCUGCAACGAGUGUGGGAAGGCAUUCAGUUACACGACCAGUCUGCAGGAUCAUCGGCGAGUUCACACUGGGGAGAGGCCGUUCACCUGCUCCGAGUGUGGGAAGGGGUUCAGUCGGUCAGGCAGCCUGGUGGCACACCAGCGGGUUCACACUGGAGAGAGGCCAUUCACCUGCUCUGAGUGUGGGAAGGGUUUCAUUCAGUCGUCCGAGCUGUUGAUACACCGGCGUGUUCACACUGGGGAGAGGCCGUUCAUUUGCACUGUGUGUGGGAAGGGAUUCACCCAGUCAUUCAACUUAAAAACACACCAGCGAGUUCACACUGGGGAGAAGCCGUUCAUCUGCUCCAAAUGUGGGAAGGGAUUCACGCACCCAACCAAUCUGCGGAAUCACCUGCGAGUUCACACUACGGAAUUUCAGCGAGGGUGGAAAGCAGGUGCGCAGGCGCGGCACGUACAGUCGGCUUCUGACGGAGGACGCAUGUCUAGGGCCGGCACCGAAUGGGGGCGGCAGCCAGCGGUGUCCACGUUCUCGGCAGCGAUACGAGUGCGCAGGCGCGUUGGAUCAGAGCGUUGUGUUGGUGCGGAAGAAAUAGCGGUGGGGCAGGGCUCCAGUGCGCAGGCGCCGAAACCGGAGCUCGUGUCCGAAGCAGUCGGAAACAAGUCAGCGGAGCCCGGCUGCCGGAGGGUCGGCAGCAGAGAUCGCCCAAAAACAAACCUUCGUGAAGAUCUGCUGGUUAAAUUGCGCGACCUCGGCCUGCUGAGGGAAUCGGGCCCGCAGUCCUCAGAGUCGCCUGAUGCCGGUGGCCGGAGGUGGGGACGUCGUAAGCGGUGUGCGAGGAAGCGGAAGGAGAGAUCUGUACAGCAACGUGGGUUUCAGGCACUCCAGCAGACUCUGCUCGAGAGAGGAAGACAAGCAGGGAGAAUGAGCGGCUGGGGAAUCUCACCAGACACACCAACAGAUCCAAAGUUAUCUGGGUCACUAAAGCCACGAGUCGUCCUGCAAAGAUUGCAGACCCACAGGGUGUCAGUAAUGGAGGCUUCACUGACCGGAAGCUCAAACCAAGCAACAGAUCACAACCUGCAAGAGUCACCCAAUCCGCUGGAAUCUGAACAUCAGCAGACUUUGUACAUGGAAGCAGAAAGCUCCACUGACAGUGGAGAGAAAUGGCCAACGCGUUCUGAGUGUGAACAACGCUUCAGUCAAGCAUUCACACUGACAAGACACCAGAUCAGUCACUCUGGGGAGAAACCAUGGAAGUGUGAGGACUGUGGGAAGAGAUUCAUUUCUCCUUCCCAUCUGGAAACUCACCGCCGAAGCCACACUGGUGAGAAGCCGUUCACCUGCUCUGUGUGUGGGAAAGGAUUCACACAGUCAUUCAGCCUAAAAACACACCAGCGAGUUCACACAGGAGAGAAGCCGUUCAUAUGCUCUGUGUGUGGGAAAGGAUUCACACAGUCAUUUAAUGUAAAAACACACCAGCGAGGAUUCAGUCAGUCAGACAGCCUGCUGAUACACCAGCGUGUUCACACCGGGGAGAGGCCAUUCACUUGUUCUGUGUGUGGGAAGCGGUUCACUCAGUCAGUCCACCUAAAAACACACCAGCGAGUUCACACUGGGGAGAGGCUGCUCACUUGCUGGGGAAACUCUGACUGCAGCAGUGAGAAAUUAAAGAUGUCCAUGAACAUCUUCGACCAGUUAUUGCCACCGGUUUUUGUUGCCCCACCAGGUACACCAUCAAGUCCUGACAACUUACCGCCCGCGCAAACCCACCGCCUCCGUCCAACUUCCCGCAAUGUAAAGCCACCGACUGACCGAGCGCGCCUGCGCACUCCCGCCGCCGAGAGCGCCGGCUGCGGAUGUUGGAGCAGCGCAGGCGCACUGCCCUCCCCGGAGUCGGCUCUCGGCAUGCGUCGUCCGACGGAAGCCGGCUGGAGAAAGCGGCCGAUCUGCUGCAAUGGACGGUUGCGGCCGGCGUGGCCGCAGUGCAGGCUGGGAACGCUGGGCUCCAGCUCCGGGAGCGGAGAGACGCGGCCGCGUCGAGAGGCCGAGCGGUUGGUGCGGGGCCGCGACAAUAAACCUGUUUCCCCGGGAACGUCCCCUCAGUUAACUCGGCGCCGUCGCUGGUCCCACCAGCCGGAGGAAUGGGGUACCGUGGCUGCGGGGUCUGAGGCCCGGCCGCCUCGGGGUCACUUGUUACCGAGUCCGGUGUUAAUCCCUAACCGGAGCGGGUUCCGCUUAAGCCCGGGUCCCGUUCGCUUUGCCGGACGAUGGCCGGCGCGCUGCCGCCCAGGUGCUGAUGAGCCGGCGGCCGAGGCGACCCGUACUCCCGGUGCUCGGAAGCCAGUCCGGGCCCCAGUUACUGAGGGGCGAACGAUUCCCGGGACCGGCCGCAUGGCGGGUAAACUCGGAGCCCCAGCUGAAGCUGGAGUCAAACCGCGAGGUUAUGGGAGCAGAGGGUGCGAGGGACGGCGGAGGGGGGACGGGAUCACGGCCCAGGAAGGGAGGAACGCCUCUGCUUACGGCGGAGAUUUGUGGAAACGUCUUUUUCCACUGGAUGGGUGGGCGGGAGCCGUCCCUCGAUUCGGCUGGGGCUGCGGGCUGACGGGAUUGGCAACUGAAGAGGAGGCGUCCCGGGAGGGAACUUCGCCAAGAGAUGGCGCUCGCCGCCGCGGGAAGGAGGAGGAAACGAGCAGAAUGAGUGAGCGGAGGGUGUUGGUAAUGGAGGACUCGCAGACCGGAGGCUCAGACCAAACGGCCCCUCCUGACUUGCCGGAGUUGCUGGAUGCGUCAGGAUCUGAACACCAGUGGCCUUUGGAUAUGGAAGUGGAGAGCUCCAUUCAGCGCGCGGACCAGCGGUUCAUGGGCUCCGAGUGCGGGCCGGACUUCAGCCGAACGUGCGGGCUGCUCCGGUACCAGCGCAGCCACACCCGGGAGAAGCCGUGGAAGUGUGAGGACUGUGGGAAGAGAUUCCUUUACCCAUCCCACCUGGAAGCUCAUCGCCGCAGCCACACCGACGAGAGGCCUUACAUCUGUUCUGUGUGCGGCAAGGGAUUCAAGCAGCUGUCCCACCUGCAGGAGCACCGGCGGGUUCACUCCGGGGAGCGGCCGUUCACCUGCUCCGUGUGCGGGAAGGGCUUCACCCAGUCGUCCAACCUGCUCAUCCACCAGCGCGUCCACACCGGCGAGAAGCCCUUCACUUGCUCGCUGUGCGGGAAGGCGUUCACUCGGUCGGACAGCCUGAUGAUGCACCGUCGCAUUCACACCGGGGAGAGGCCGUUCAUCUGCUUCCGAUGCGGGAAGGGCUUCUCUCACUCGGGUGGUCUGCGCAAACACCAGCGAGUCCACAAGUGACUGCAGGAGCUCGCUCUGCUGGUGUUGCACCCAAUAAUCGUGUCCAGGGUUGGACCAUACUCACCGUCUGCAUUCAUUCUGAUGCUGUUUACAGCCCACGGCUGGAGUUUAGUAUUCCUGACUGAUGCCGAAUAAAUCGCCUCCAACUUUAA